UGGGUUGGGCGGUGGGUAGAUAAAAUGUUUACUCUAGGGUCGUAGAUUAAGCUGUCAUGUAUGUAGGCGUAACUGGCUACACGCUCCUGCACAGUAGGUGGCGGUGUAAGCGUAGCCUACUACUUGGAUGCGAUCCACCAAUAAUUGUCGAGAGAACACUGUACCAGACUGUACCCAGUUAGCUUGCAGCAUAAGCUGUAUUUAUUCAGCGUUUAGCAAUUUCCCUGAAAAUGGCCACAUUACAACGGUUGAAUGGAUUUCUCACCGACCGACUAGCCGCGGCUGCUAUAGAGAUAUUUGGGGCAGUUGAGAAGACGAUGGUUGAGUAUCAGGAACAAAUUUCAGAUUCUAAACAGGAGAUAAGGCAUCUACGAAAACUACUUGUGGAUUUGGGUUACAAGUCAGACGGCGUGCUUUCCAUUGCCCCUGCCAGUGAAGACGUGUUUGUUUCUGAGCUAGAGGAUGAGCAGGAGAGGGAUGCCAUUCCAAUAGAGAAAGAAAGUGAUGAAGACUCCCCAAUAGAACCAGACGCCACUCAACAUGAAGAGAGCAAAGGUUUUUGUGGGGUCGACGGAGAAAUGACAUUGUUCAGCACAAAAAGAACCAGGGUCACAAGAAAACGUAAAGAGAAAACAGCUAGUUACCACACCGCUGCUGCCCAAGUUGAAACCAGUGAACUGACAAUGAGGGAAAACCCAGGGGAGAAACGCCACAGCUGUAAUGUGUGCAUGAAAUGCUUUAGCAGGCCGAGCCAUUUGAAAGUCCAUCAGAGAACACACACUGGUGAAAAACCGUAUCAGUGUAAAGACUGUGGGAAGAGAUUCAAUCGCAAGUAUUGCUUAGAGGUGCACAUUCAGACUCACACAUCUGAUAAGCCGUUUUGCUGCCAUGAAUGUGGCAAAUGCUUUCGUCGAAAUGCAGAUUUAAUUCUGCACAUGAGAGUGCACACUGGAGAGAAACCCUUUAAGUGCCCUUUUUGCGACUCAUGCUUUAAGUCGGGAGGUCACUUAGUUCGGCACCAGCUGAGCCAUACAGGUGAAAAACCAUAUCAGUGCAAUGACUGUGGCAAAUGCUACAAGCGGAAAGAACACUUGACUGAGCAUAUGAGGGUUCAUACAGGGGAAAGACCUUACUGCUGCACAAAAUGUGGAAAGUGUUACAGUCUGCGGGGAAACCUGAGAGUCCACAUGAGGACCCAUGUGGGGGAGAAACCAUUCAAGUGUAGUUUGUGUGGCAUUUGCACUGUAUCAGCAAACCACCUCAAACGUCACAUGCAGAUUCACACAGGAGAGAAGCCUCACGUGUGCCCAGAUUGUGGAAAGUCCUUCAAUCGGAAAGAAAAAAUGACAGAGCACAUGAGAACUCACACUGGGGAAAAACCAUAUUGCUGUCAAGCUUGUGGCAAAUGCUUUAGGCUAAGGGCAACGAUGAACAUACACAUGAGGACACACACAUCCUCAGAAGAUACUUUUCACUUUGAGGUGACUGAAGAUGAUGACUAAUGCUCAUAACCUAACAGACACCUUACACUGACAAGAAGGGUUAGUUUUGUGUAUAAAUCCAAUAAGAAUAAUUGAAAAACUGUAUUUAUCCUAGCUAAUGAAGCAAACUGAUGUUGUGAUGAAACAUUUUCAAGGAUGAAACCAGUUUUUAUCCCAUUUAUUUUGCGUAAGUAUGUAUGAUGGUGUCGGAGAAAUGUAGAAUGUAAGGUUAUAUUCUGAAAAUACUGGCAUUCCUUUGUCAGUAGAGAGCCCUCUCCCCACAUGACCUAUAUGUAUCGCUUUCAUCACUGCCACAUUCUUAAGAAAUUUAAUUUGUAACGUUUUGAAAGCUUCAGCGAUUUAUGUUUUCUCAAAUUGUUAUUUAAGUGUUCCAAAAAGUUGGCUCCUGAACCCCUGAGUACAUUUAUUCAGAGACUAAAUAGCGGUAGUGACAAGGGGCUUUACCAAAAUUGUAAAAUCCCACAGCGCAGAACAUCUUUUGGUACAUCAGCCUUUUCUUACAGGGCUUGUAAACUGUGGAACUCACUGCCCACAGAGAUUAAGAUCAUUUCUGAGUUUAAAAUGUUCACCUUUAGACUUAAGGCAUGGCUGAAAGCAAACCAAAACUGUACCCAUGUAAAUGUCUGAGCGUGAAUGAGUUUUCGAUUAGUACAAUUGCAUUGUGUACCCUUCAAAUUAGUUCUUAGAAUGCGUGUGUUCUGAAUGUGUAUUUUUCUAUUCUGUAUUUUUUUUAAUGUAUAUUGUUUUUAUUAUGUGCUAUUGUAGAAAGGCCCAUCCAGGGACGGGAGUUGAAAAUUAGCUCUUGCUAUAAACUCCAUGUGCAUCACGUCAGCUGCUAACUUUGCUCUGUAGCUAUGUUUAACUCCAUUGUCCCUGUCAAAUAAACAAAUAAAUACAUAAAUAAAUUGAUGACACUAGUCUUACGUAAACAAACUGACCUAGGUUGACCAUUAUCAUACUAGAGGUGCAAUAAACCUUAUCUGUGUUGACUGAAUCAUAUGGUCAAGCCUAGGGUCAGAAGUUUCCACGUGCAUGCGCACUCUGUCUCUGGGAUCGAUCAUAUUAACAGCUGGUAUGCCGGGGAGGAGACUUCUUACCAAUAAAUGGUCUUACCUGAAGACUUGUGAACUAAACAAACUUUGUAGCACAAUAGCGUGAUGUUUUGUCUC